AAAAGCCAUUCCCAAUUCCAAGGCAUGAAGCUCAUCCCCAAUCCUCCAAACCUCAAAGAAUGGCGAGACCGCCUCUUCCACGUCAACGAAAUGAUCACCUUGACAGAAGACGAAUUCCAAACCUACUUCCCCCACGUCGACAACGUAUACUCGCACCGCUCCACCCAACCGCACAAACGCAAACGCAUCAUCGUCCACUACUGGGAAUGCCGCCUCAAAGGCCGCCCGCCCGGCUCCAAGAAAUCCACCGAUCCGAAUAAGCACAAGAGGAAGCGGGUGGCUCGCGCGCGCGACCUGUGCGAUGUCAAGAUCAAGAUUACGGAGUACGCCGAUGCGGCGGACUACACGGAGCAGACGCGGUUACCGCCUCCCGGGGAAAGUGUUGCGGGGAGUAAUGCUGGCGGUAGUGGGACCGUGGUUAUGGGUCAGACGUCGAUGGUGGCGAAAGGGCAGGUUGGGUGGGGGAUGCAGGCGAUGGGGUUGAUGCAGGCGUCGACGGGUAGCGUGCCGCGAAAGAUUUACACGUUGGAGAGGGUUAAUGGGAAGGGUGGGAAUGGGAGGGGGGAUGGGGUCCCGGGACCGCAUAGGCAUACGUUGGAGGAGAGCGAUGCGGUGAAGAAGAAUAGUGUUGUGAGGUGGAUGCUGAAGAAUGAGCUGGAGAGGAAGAAACAGAUGAGCGGCGACCCGUCGAAAAAGACGUACCACAAGAAAGCUACCGGCGCGGCGCUUGCAACGGUCAAGGAGCACUCCAAAGAUGCCGACCUCAAGCUCUACGGUAGCUGUUUCUGCCCCUUUGUCCAACGCGUCUGGAUCUCCCUCGAACACAAAUCGCUCCCCUACCAAUACAUCGAAGUGGACCCGUACAAGAAGCCGCAAUCCCUCCUCUCCAUCAACCCCCGCGGCCUCGUCCCCGCGCUCCGCCACGGCCCCCACUGGUCCUGCUACGAAUCCACCGUCCUGAUGGAAUACCUCGAAGACCUGAACCAAGGCGCCCCCUUACUUCCCUCGGACCCGCAAACGAAGGCCACAUGUAGACUCUGGACGGAUCACGUGAAUCGGUACAUAGUCCCGGCUUUCUACAGACUGCUGCAGGCGCAGGAGGCGGAGAAGCAAACGGAACACGCGACGGAGCUGCGGGACGCGAUCCAGAAACUCGUCGACGCGGCGGACCCCCAGGGCCCCUUCUUCCUCGGCCAGACGUUCGGGUUCGUCGACGCGCAGAUGGCGCCGUGGGUGCUGCGGCUGCGGCGCGUGUUGCGGCCUUAUCGGGGCUGGCCGGAGCCCGAGCCGGGGAGUCGGUGGGCGAGGUGGGUCGAGGCGAUUGAGGAAGAGGCAAGUGUCAAGAGGACGACGAGCACAGAUGAGUUGUAUUGGGAUAGUUAUGAGAGGUAUGCGGAGAAUCGGCCGGGGACGAGCGAGGUUGCGAGGGCGGUGAAUGAGGGGAGGGGGUUGCCGUAG